CGACCGUCCGAUAAGGAUGUAUUUAAAUUUCAAUUCCGGUGGUAGAUCCUCCAUACUCCGGGCAGAGAGUUCUGCAUGACCCCAUAUAGCCAUUUUUAUAUGUGGCCACCAUGUCCCACCCAGCCGGGAUCGCCAAGUAUCCCUGUUCUUUUCUCCACCGAACUUCCCUACAAUCACGCAACUAGUCUUUGGAGACUUAUUCUUUGGGAACCCCUUUAGAGCGAGGGAGCUGAAGUAACAUGUCGCAAAUUAGUUUGGAUGCAUUUACCCCGGCGGAGGUGAUCGAAUAUGUCGGGCGCGCAGGAGUCGCCAAGGGCAACAUGCGGCUCGACAAAAUCUUUCUCAGCUCGGUGUCAGCGGGCUGUCUGCUUGCCUUCGCUUGUGGGACGGUCCUUAGCACCAACACAACGCCCUGGUUCCAAGAAAAUGCACCGGGCCUCAUUCGCACGAUCAGCGCUUUGGUCUUCCCAUACGGCUUGUGCAUGAUUAUCUUAACCGGGGCAGAUCUCUGCACCGGUUCCUUUAUGUUCACCACUGUGGCUGCUCUUCAACGUCGGUUGCCCUGGCACAAGAUGUUGAUUCACUGGGUCGUCACGUUCUUUGGUAACCUGGCUGGGUCGCUCUUCGUUGUCGCAAUCAUCUUUGGGUAUGGCAACGUCUUUUCCGCAGACCCUUUUAAGUCCCAAGUGAUCGCGUUCGCCACGAAAAAGCAGGUCACCCCUGACUUCCAUAUGAUUUUUCUUCGUGGUAUUGGCUGCAACUGGCUCGUCUGCCUCGCCUGCUUUUUCGGCAUCCAGGGUCGGGACCUCACCUCGAAGAUCAUCGGCAUCUGGUGGCCCAUCUUCGCAUUCGUAUCUCUCGGGUUCGAUCACGUCGUUGCCAACAUGACUUUUGUCCCGCUGGCUAUCUGGGUCGGAGCCCCGAAAAUCACCGUGGGCCUGUACAUUUGGAAAGGAAUCAUUCCGACCCUGAUCGGCAAUAUCUUGGGUGGAGGCUUAUUCUGCGGUGUUUACUACUGGUAUAUGUACUUGCUGCAAACCGACGCGGUGACGGUCACCGGAGUUAAACGCUUUGGCCAAUCUAGGUCCGAGGUUAGCAGUGUGGCGCCGAAGAAAGAUGAUGUGGAAGCGGGCACCGGAGUGGUGGAUAACUCCCGGGCUGCGCUGGCUAGAUCAUUCCACUGAUUCCAAGACAUGUUUAAAUUCGAUAGGUCCACGUAAUAUUAAUAAGAGAUUCGAUUUCGUGCUUUUUCUUCAGCGUAUAGGAGUCCCCGAAUUGGUAGGACGACUAGGCUUGGCGUAUGUACAGGCUGCAGACUGCAGUCUGCAAUUAUUAUGGAGCGUAUACGAAUCAUUUAUGCACAAUGAUCGGGACACGCAUGAAGUGUG